GGGUUUUCCCGCACAGGGCACCAGUUAGAGUACAAUUAUUGGCCUGGUAGUAUUCGAACUCGCCGCGACUCCUAUCAGUUCGAGAACUCUCGUUAUCAUGUAGAUACUGACGAUAUUUGCGGCCGUCCGAACGUGAGUUCUAGUGAAAACUAGCACUAACUUCGUUCAAAGUCGUCAAAAUAAUAAUUAGACUUUAAAUUAUCUAGCUUAACAGUGACAUUUUGGUUAAUCUUAAGAAGCCAAUUUAACUCUCCGUAGAUUUCGUGUUGGUGUGUUGUGUUUUGUAACUAAACUGUGUGUCAGUGACUGUCGUUGUGUGGAGGGGUAUUUACGUGAAAAGUUAAAUCGGAACUGAAACUGCUGCUUCUGUCGGGAAUGGUAUAUUGGAUUGGGUGAGACUGUUUCUAUUUGGACUGGGUAUCUGAACUAACUUGGAUUAUCCCCGUUAUCUUAUCGACGCUACUAGACAGAGGUUAACGAGAUAAACAUAUUUACUCCAGAAGGUCAAGCGCACAUGGAAUUUUGAAGGAACGAACUGGAAUUCAAGUUAAAGAUUACAAAGCUUCGGUAACGACGAGACGACUGCUGCCAUAACGCGACUUUUAGAGGGGACCCCUUAAAAAUUGAAACCGACCAAGCACGAGAACCAGACCCAAACUACCAAUCAACAUCUUAUCGAAAUCAGAACAGACGUCGAUAAGGAUGCGAAAACAACCAUGAACAGAUUGUCAUGUUAGGAGGGGCGAUCAGCCGACGGUAGUCUAAAAAAUAAUCUUCGUCAUUUCAAAUAGAUGAUAUUGGAACGACUAUAAGAGGCAGAAUACGAUGAAGCCGUCCGCGAGCUCGUCAUUGCUGGUGGCAGCGAUUUUGAUGUUGACAAACAUUCGAUAUAGUGCAUCUAGUAAUUCGAUAGUGUCCUCGAUGCAUUCUGAUCCAGAUUUUGAAGGAAAAUGCGAACUGAUUACGAUACCGAUGUGCCUGACUGUUGGUUACAACUACACGCGAAUGCCCAAUGAGUUGAACCACGAUACUCAAGAAGAAGCUGGCAUGGAAGUCCAUCAAUUUUGGCCUCUGGUAGAGAUUAAAUGUUCGCCCGAUUUACUGUUUUUCUUGUGUUCAAUGUACACGCCGAUUUGCUUGAAGGAUUAUGCAAAACGAUUACCGCCGUGUCGAGGGCUAUGCAGAAGAGCGAGAGAAGGUUGCGAACCGAUUAUGCAACAGUACGGGUUCAAAUGGCCGGAUAGAAUGGAAUGCGAACAAUUUCCCGAGUUCGGGUUAUCUGAUAACCUCUGCAUGGAUGAGAAUAAAGAAAAUAGUCCACAAACAACGCAAAAAUCAACCACGCCGCGUUCCAAACACAAACCACGUUGUAAGGAUCCAAAAAACUGCCCAGUCACCCCAGGGGAAAAAAAACCAAACGAUUGCACGUGCCAUUGCAAAGCGCCGCUAAUUCCACUGGGGAAAGACUCCAUCCUGUACAACAGAAGCGUCGCCGCCGGAAGCGUCCCAAAUUGUGCCCACCCGUGCCAGGAGACGUUCUUCAACGCAGACGAAAAAGAGUUCGCGGCCGUAUGGAUCACCCUGUGGUCAGCACUGUGCGCGGCGUCAACCUUAAUGACACUCACCACGUUUCUUAUCGAAACGGAACGGUUUAAGUACCCCGAGAGGCCUAUCGUCUUUUUGUCCGCCUGCUACUUUCUCGUAUCCGUCGGUUAUUUGAUACGUGUCGGCGUUGGUCACAGCGAGGUGGCAUGCGACGGUAAUAUAAUCCGUUACUCAUCGACCGGACCCAAUAUGUGCACUUUGGUCUUCUUAUUGGUGUAUUUCUUCGGAAUGGCGUCCUCCAUAUGGUGGGUUGUAUUGUCGUUUACCUGGUUCCUUGCCGCAGGAUUGAAAUGGGGGAACGAAGCUAUCGCGAGUUACGCUCAGUUCUUUCAUUUAGCCGCGUGGUUAAUCCCUACUAUCCAGACUGUAUCCGUAUUAUUGUCCGGUGCGGUGGAUGGUGAUAUAGUGGCCGGAAUUUGCCACGUAGGUAAUAUGAACAUGGACAAUUUGAAAACUUUUGUUCUCGCGCCACUUUUUGCAUAUUUACUCGUUGGAUUCAGCUUCCUCUUAGCUGGAUUCGUAUCUUUAUUCAGAAUAAGAUCUGUCAUUAAAAAACAAGGUGGAACUGGAGCGGGCGUUAAAGCGGACAAGUUGGAAAAACUCAUGAUUAGGAUAGGGAUCUUUAGCGUUCUUUACAUGGUACCGGCUACUAUUGUAAUUGGAUGCUAUCUUUACGAACACACCUACCACGACGAAUGGUUGUCCUCAUUAACCUGCACAUGUUUUAAUCCAGUUAACAACAGUAAACUCCGUUCGAAACCCCUUUACUCGGUACUUAUGCUCAAAUAUUUUAUGGCACUCGCUGUCGGAAUCACCUCGGGCGUUUGGAUUUGGUCUGGAAAAACUUUAGAUUCUUGGAGGAGGUUGUGGAGAAGACUUUUUGGCAGACCGGAUAUGUCUGGCGCAGGAGCUGUGUUAAUCAAAACUAGACCAGGAAAGCCUCCUCCUCAAUAUCUCGUAGCCGGACCAGGAAGCGCAUCUUUACUUGCACCAACCGGAAGCGUAGCUUCUGCUAGCCAACACCAUUUGCACCACCACGUUCUUAAGCAACCUCCGCUAAGCCACGUAUGACAAGUGGGCGAUGGGGCCACUCCGGUCGUAGUUGCACAUCCAGGACCGGGCUCUGGGCCAUCGUUGAGCAACUAUGGGCCCAUUUGAGUGACCGCCAUGUUGGCCCCUCGCCAGUCGGUCACAGCUCUCUAGUCUCAGUGCCACAAAUAGUUUUUCCUUUGAACACGGAUCCCCGAGCACGGUGUGUUUCGCUACGGAAGAGCCUCAUUUCAAAACCUUCGUUUUUAAUUUAUUAAAUUGUGAUCAGUAUAAAUCUUAACGAGAGAUACAAGUGUUACAGACGCUGCAUACUCAAAUAAUAAAUAUACGAAAGAAAAAAAAUUUGUAAGAACAUAUCUCCAUUAACGGUCGUUUAUUAUUUAAUUUGUAUCAAAAACUGAGCGCAACUAAUUGGAAAAUCAAUGUGAGAUUUAUAUACGUAAUUACUCGUAGGUGGAAUCUGAAAAUAUGCGUUUUAAAAAUAAAAGAAACUAUUCGAAAUGAAUUGAUGUGAUUUCUGUCUUAAAAGUAGUCGAGAAUGGAACGAGUGCGUAUGGUGUAUGUUUGAUGGAUUGGAAGUAAUAAUGUAACUGUAUUCAAAAAAUUUUCCCACGUUUAUCGUUGUGUGCAGGCCGACGCCACGAAUUGUGCCAUAUUUAUUUUCCGACGUAUUAAAAUAGGGACCAUGCAUUUGACCAUAAUACAGUUAUAUUAUGACUUUGAUCGUGCGAAAGUUUCGAUGCGUGCGUCUGUAUAAAAACGUAAUAAUAAUAAUAAUAUAUUCUUAUAGUAGACCCCUCCCAGCUUAGUUUGUAAGGUUUUUAUAUGGAUUAGGACCCGAUCAUUAAUCUUUUUGUACUUAUUGUGUAUUUAUACGUAUCCUUCUUCAUAUUGUAAAUAUAAUCAUAAUAUUUAUUACGACGAUAACUAAAAUAAAUAAAGAAAGGAAGAAACGUUGAAUCGUGUAAAGAAAAUUAAAAGAAUACGUGGAUCGGCUAUAUUUAUUGUAGUCAGUGAUUAUUUGUAUCCAAAUAUAGGCGUAACGAAAGAAAUUAGGCUUAGCGACAUAUCAACGUUUUUUAAAUACCACACUCAUUGACGCAUGCGUAUCGUUCGAACUGUAUUCGCUUCAUUUCGGUUUUCGAUCGAAAUUUAUACGGUGAAGAAUCAAAAUAAUAUUUUUACCAGCCUGCUUUUGUACAGGCGCUAACAAUAAACAAAUACAAUAAACGCAUUUUUGUAAUGAGCACAAAAAAAAAUAAACUGAAAAUCUUUUGUAUAUUAUUUCUAUAACCCAUAUGUACAGCAAAAUAUUUGUAACUGCGUGUAUAGUAGUUUUUAGCUAUUGUAAUUGUCUGUAUGCUUCAACAAUGUAUACGAAUUUAAUUAUAUUUUAUUGUUUAAAUUAUA